UCAUAUGGCUGGUGCGCGUGGGUUGACGUGCAACGCCAGACUGCCCACUUCGGGGCAGUCUGCGACGGCGAUCGGCCAUGGCUCGGAGUCCACAGCUCAUGCGCAUAUAGUCGCAGAGACGUAUCCAAAUGCAGCAGGCGCCAGCCAAGAAAACGAUGGAGGAAACGGGAAGCAGGAGCCGAGAGGUGUCUCGCGCCUCGCCGCCGGCGCUGCCGUUCGCGGUGCGGCUGCAGGUCACCGCGUUCUCGCCCCUCAUCGACACCAUAAACCGCCGCGACGGCACCGUCAACCGCGGCCUCUACUCCGUCGCCGACCGCAUCCUCCGCGUGCGCGCGAGCCCUCGCCCGGACUCCUCCGGCGUCCGCUCCGUCGACUUCGACGUCGACGCGUCGCGCGGCCUCUUGGCGCGCGUCUUCUCCUUCUCCUCCCCCGUCGCGCCCCAGGCCCCGCUCCCGGUCGUCGUCUACUUCCACGGCGGCGGCUUCGCGAUGUUCUCCGCGCGCCAGUGCUACUUCGACCGCCUCUGCCGCCGCCUCUGCCGGGGCGUCGGCGCCGUCGUGGUCUCCGUCGAGUACCGCCUCGCGCCCGAGCACCCCUACCCGGCCGCCUACGACGACGCCGUGGACGCGCUCCGCUUCAUCGACGCCAACGGCGUCCCGGGGCUGGACGAGGGCGUCCGCGUGGACCUCUCCAGCUGCUUCCUCGCCGGGGAGAGCGCCGGCGGCAACAUAAUCCACCACGCGGCCAACCGCUGGGCUGCGGCCGCGCCCACCCCAAACUCCGUGCGCCUCGCCGGCCUCCUGUCCGUGCAGCCGUACUUCGGCGGCGAGGAGCGGACGGAGUCGGAGCUGAGGCUGGACGGCGUGGUGCCGAUCGUGACCAUCCGGCGGGCGGACUUCUGGUGGAGGGCGUUCCUGCCGGAGGGCGCCAGCCGCGACCACCCGGCGGCGCACGUGACCGACGAGAACGCCGAGCUGGCCGAGGCGUUCCCGCCGGCGAUGGUGCUGGUCGGCGGGUUCGACCCGCUGCAGGACUGGCAGCGGCGGUACGCCGACGUGCUGCGGCGGAAGGGGAAGUCCGUGGAGGUGGUGGAGUUCCCGGACGGCAUCCACGCGUUCUACCUCUUCCCGGACCUCCCCGACACCGCCAGGGCUAUCGAGCGCAUGAGGACGUUCGUGCAAAGCAACAGGACGUCGCCGUCGGCGCGAGAACCUUCUAGCGGGAACGAAAUCGACUGAAAACGGCCAUUCAAAAAUUGAUUGAAAAGAACUUGUAGUCCCCUCGACGUGUCGAAAUUUGGAAAUACGAGUAUAUCUCUUAAGUCCAUUCAAUUGGUUACA